AUGUCGCAGCAGAGGUUAAGGAUCAGCAAUUCCAGCCCCAACUCAAGAUGGAGAUAUCUGAGGUUGCGUUCGGAGCACAGAUCGCGAAUAGCUGCCUUUUUUGGCGAGCUGGUGGGCACGGCCACUUUCAUAUUCAUCGCCUGUAUGGGCUGUGUGACCACGCCCAUAUUCCUUAACUCCCACUUCGAACUGAGCCUUAACUUUGGCCUCGCCAUACUGAUUGCCAUACAGAGCUUUGGCGCCAUUUCGGGCGCCCAUCUGAAUCCGGCCAUCACACUGGCCGCCUUAAUCUAUGGCGCUCUUGGUUGGGCCAUGGCCAUUGCAUAUUUGGUGGCCCAGGUGGCAGGUGCUCUCAUCGGCUACGGUUUGCUGAAGGCCGUGCUGCCCCUGAAUGCUAUCGUUGGUGUGGACGAACCGGCUGGUGUCUGUGUCACGGUUCUCAGCAGCGACAUUUCGGUGCUUCAGGGCGUCUUCAUUGAGCUUCUAAUCACCAGCUGCCUAACGAUGGUCGCCUGCUCGGUUUGGGAUCCACGCAAUGAUAGACUCAAGGAUUCGGUGCCGAUACGUUUUGGCCUUACAGUCGCGAGUCUUAAUUUGGCAGCGGGCCUAUUCACCGGCUCGAGCAUGAACCCGACACGAUCCCUAGGACCGGCUGUUUGGAACAAUUCCUGGCAGCAUCACUGGAUCUACUGGGUGGGUCCUUUAGUGGGUGCCGCACUCACUUCGCUCAUCUACCGAUUCGCUUUCAAGGGUCGCAGCGAAGAAGUGAUUGAACUCCGCAGCUCAAAUGCCAAAAUACAAUUUAUUGAUAAGGUUUAG